ACGAGAUCAAGAUCAGCAAGACGGAUGAUGGAACAGGUGUCCUUUAUCUCUUCAUGCCUCACAGCUUUCAAGAGGGGGGAAACACAAAGCUGUUUACAAUUACGGUAAGGUAAUACGGAGAGGGAACCAAAACCAGUUCCAGUUCCAGGCCUAUAACUGUAAGCAGUGUAGGCUGAAUGUGCCUUUUGUACACUGGUGCUGGGGCAGUUCCUGUGUUGUGGGGGAACGUUCUGUUUUACUGGUUUGUGUCAUACCCACUGAAGAUCCACUUGCCAUUUGCUUUUGAUUGCAAAGACUGUGUUAUAUGCAGUGCUAGGUGUUGUUUUUUUUCAAAGCAUUCAGACUUGAGAUGAAGAAACACAAAUAUGAAAUGACAGUACAGAGAGAGAGAGAUACAGAGAGAGGAGAGUGGGACUACUGACAGAAAAGACAGAGGGAAGCGGGUUGGUUGCAUGGGUGGUGAUGCUCGUGGUUUGGGGGAAGGGCGGGGGGGGUGGUGAAUGAAGCAGGAAGUGGUGACAUCAUCACAAGCGCUUGCACCCAUGUGCUCAGUUCUACUUUCCUUGCGUCUCUCACGGUCACCCCGUCUGCCUCUCGCAGCAGCCUGCAGAUUUCAAUGGAGAGGCGGUGCCAUUUUGAGCAGCCUGGCUGUAGUCACUGAGCCCAGCAACGUCGGUCCACUGAGCCAGGGCCAAUGAGGGGCUGGGAGGACCAGGAAGAGGCCUCUGAUGGGUGUGCUAGGCCUCCCGGUGAACUGGCAAACGGGAGAACUGUCGUACCAGGAGGGCCCCUCACUCUGCUGGACCGCCUGCAACUCUGCCGAGCAGCCUGGGCCCCUGGGGGCCCCUGGGACCGAGACGGGGCCUUCACCGCACUUUGGGGACGCCCGCCUGGGAGUUUCCUGGUGCUGAGUGACUCGGCCUCCCGGCCGCAGUUACUCUGUCUGUCUGUAGGGGGCAAUGUCCAGGCAGUGAGAGAUUUCCCCAUCCGAUGCACUGGUGAAGUGUUCCACCUUCCUGAGUCUCACCUGGGUUUCUCUGACCUGGUUCAGCUGGUGGCCUUCUACAGUCUGUGCAGGGACGUGUUGCCCCUCUGUCUGUUCCUUCCCCCCUGUUUGUACGGCAUCACAGAGGAGCCAGGCCAGAACCUGUCUCACCUGGGCCCCAAGUUCUGGCUGUGCCCCUCUCCUGGCCAAAAGCUUGAUGAUGUGUCCAUGAGAUCCAUGGGAAUCACCAUGUGCUCCAUCCAGGUGACCUCAGCCAACGGGGCGCUGUGCGUGGUCAACCCGCUCUACCUCCACGAGCACGGAGACGCCUGGCUGAGGCCCACGCCCAGCCCCCAGUCCGGCCAGACAGCCAAUCACAAGCGACCCCAGUCCGGCCAAACAGCCAAUCAGAAGCGGGAGAGGCGGCUAAGCACCACCAGACCGUGGGGAGGGGCGGGGUUACGUAGCAUGAGAGGCCCCUCAUUGGACCACGAGCCCCCUGACAUGCGUACAGAUGUUCCAAGUAAAACUGCGCCCUCAGAGUCGCCCACUGUCCCGCCCCCCGCGUCUCCCUCCGUCCCCGAUAGGGUGGUGCUCCGGAGGGCCAGCCAGCCCACCGGCUGCGAAUCGUUCAGGAGGCAGAGCCAAGGGGCCCCGGCCGGGGAGGCCAGGCGCUUCAGCGACGGGCUGGGCCCUCAGUCGCCGCACCGCGUGUCCUGGAUCGAGGAAGGGGUGUGGCUCUCCCCGCCGCCCUCCGUGACCCACCCCCCCAGCCUGGAGCUGGACUCCCUGUCCGUCAGCAGCCUGGAGGAGGAGCCUGAGGGCGGCGGCAGCCCCGCCCACCAGCACCACGCGCACCACCGCCUCACGCUGGUGCUCGCCGACAAGAUGAAGAACCGUCUGUCGGCCGUGGGGCAGGCCUUCGGCGGGCUGCUGUCGCCGCAGAAGCGGCUGCAGAAGCGCGUGCAGGAGCUGAGCGAGAGGCGGAGCGGGGCGUUCCCCGAGGCGCUGCGGGGCUUCCUGGAGCUCACGCUGCGCGGCCACGCCCGCGCGCACCCCACCGCCGCCGACAUGCUGCAGGAGGUGCGCAACGCCCUCACCGGCCUGCGGGAGGCGCUGUUCGACUGCCCUGAGAUCCAGGUCCUCGUCGACGGCAUGGGGGACGUGUCCGACUGGGAGCUGGAUGCGAUGGUGGAGGAGUCCCUGCACAAGGUGGCCCUGAAGCCGGUGUCGUCCCACCUGUACGCCUGCCUGCGGGAGUUUCGCAGCAGCGACGGCACCCUGCAGCAGCUCCAGGAGAACCAGAAGGCCCUGGAGACGCAGGACCCGAAGGGCCUGGGGGGGACCGCCGGGGCGGGCGUGCCGGACGCCCUCACCCUGGAGAAGAUCCAGCAGCGCUGGGCCUCCAUGCACCAGGCCUACUCCCCCAGCAAGAAGGUGGAAACCCUGCUGAAGGUCUGCAAGAUCAUCUACCACAGCAUGAGCGCCAACGCCAGCUCAGGCGCAGUGUUUGGGGCAGAUGACUUCCUCCCGUGUCUGACCUGGGUGUUGCUGCGCUGUGAUGUCACCACUCUGCAGCUGGACACGGAUUAUAUGAUGGAGCUGCUGGAUCCAACACAGCUGCAGGGGGAAGGUGGGUACUACCUGACGUCGCUCUACGCCUCUCUGUUCUACAUCAGCAGCUUCCAGCCGCGCCUGGCCACCCGCCAGCUCAGCGUGGAGGCCCAGCAGUCUCUCAGCAAAUGGCACCGCAGACGCACCCUGCACUGCAACCAGGGCCGGCAGAGCCAGAACCGCAGGACCAUCCGGAGGCACGCGCCCGGCGAGGGGGCGGGCCCUCAGAGGGAGGCGGGGCCUGCUGACGGGGAUGUGUCACAGAGGGGAGGAGCCGGGACGGAGCCCGCCCGGGAGGAGCUGGCAGUCCUGGGGGAGGAAGAGGGCUGCCCGGAGCCCCCCAGGACAGGAAGUAGCGCCGAAGCAGAGGAGCCAGGGGUCUGUCCCCCCGAGGGUGGGCAGGAGGGGCGGGGGGAGCAGGGGUCGGCCAGGGAGGGCAGAGGCCUUCCAGAAACGGCCGGAAAACAUGAGACAGAGAAGAGUGAGAAGGAGGAAGAGAGAUUCCAGGAGAGGGGGUUCGCUGACUGUUCGUGGGACAGGGGGACAGGGUCCCAGGGUCAGGCAGAGGUCGCACAAAUCCCCUUGGACUCCAGCGGAGAAUGUGCACGGUAGUGACUGAACACAGCUGGCGCUGAACACAGCUGGGGCUGAACAGAGUCGGGCCAGCCUCCCAGCUGCUGGGACAUCAUAGAGAGCAGCAGGAGAUAGAGCGACCAUCAUAACACCCAAUGAGGAGCCACAGGGACACCAUAGAGAGCAGCAGGAGUUAGAGCUGCCAUCAUAGACCCCAUGAGGAGCCACAGCAGAGUGGCUGUCUAGGCUCGGGGGACUAACCAAUCAGAGGAGGGCCCUGCUGGGAGGCAUGUAAAGGGGGAGGAGGCUGUAACCACAGAGAUGGAAGUGGAAGUCGUGAUGUCACAGAGGACCCCUGUGGGGUUUCCCAGCCCCCAGCAGGGGCUACAGUAGCAGUAAGUUCAGAGGAAGAAACCUUCCUUUGAAAAAGGAACAGAAGAAAGGCAGACAGAGAUAAAUAAUCCUAGAAGUUGGGUAAAUCUUUUAUUGUAAAAGCGUGAUGGAUCACAGUCUACUGAACACACAUACAUAAAUGCCUACAUUAUUUUCCAUGCAAUUUUAUACAUUACACUUCUGCAUACAUCCAUAGAUUGACUAUUGGAAAGUGUACAUCAGUAUUUCCAAUGGUAAAAACAAUUUCUGGUUAAUUGAAUCCACUGUGUUAAUUUAAUGAAUGUCAAGCCUUUAAAGAGCUAACAUCAUUCGAUAAGGUAGCAUGGACUCACCAUAGAAUUUUGUAUUCAAAUUUCAAUUCAAUUCAUAUUUGUAUUAAUUUCAUUAAAUUACCGCAUUAUGAAAAUUUUGACAGGCUUCAGUUGGGGGAAAGUUAUGGAGAUAAUAUGCUGUAAUCUAUAAAGGUUUUAUAGUAUCAACCUAUAGUGUGUCUGGUUGCCUUGUGACUGUGAAUAUCUUGGGUGUAAGAAUUGAAUUGCUAGUCUGGCUGACUGGAUAUCUCCAAGUAAUGCUGCUGGUUAUGAGAGUAUUAACAUGAAUAUCAUUCAGCAUUUUUUUGUACAAGCCAAAGCUUUAUUUGUCUUUAAGAGCACCCAAGUACAUUAUGUGCUCAAAGUCCUACACUUAGAUUCAUAUAUUUGUGUUAUAAGGGCAUAUAUAUAUAAUGUAUAUCGUAAUAUAUUUUUGAUUAGACCUGUGUGAUUGUAUGAUAGACAUUUUGACUCAAUUGUGGAAAUAUUUGAAUGUUAUUGUAGGUCUAACUUACAGCCUCCAAACAUUAUCAGGAGGCUCAUAAUUAUAAUAUUUAUAUUUUUCAA